AUGUACAGCAUUGACACAGUGCAUACCAGCUACCUGGCUGCACAGAGCCGAGUUCGUCAGUACACUCAAUUCAUGGCACUCCUGCAGCGUGCUGAAGAAGCAUGGGCACAGAAGAUUCAAGAGAUAGGUUGUGUGGUCACGGAAGAGAAGUUGGGACACGUGUCGCUGGAUGAAACAGAGGGGCAAGUCGAUGAGCAGGAUGUACUGCUAGCGAAUACCGUUCAUACGGUGUUUGCAAACUACGCUGCAGUGCAAUGUCAAGUCCACCAGUACACCCACUUCCUGACGAUCUUAAAGCGUGAGGAAGACAUGUGGCUUCAAAGAUUUCAGAAGGCAUGUUCUGUGAUGCCGGGUUAUGAGCCUGCGAGGUAUGACCAACCUAUGAAGGGUGAUCUAAUGAAAUAG